AUGUUCACACAAGUCAUUCCCCGGCUCAACGGAGACCAAACGGCCAACCUAGGAGAUGCGCUCAUUGUCUCAGAUAUCGACGAGAUUCCACGCCCGGAGACCAUUGAUCUCUUACGAACUUGUGAUUUUAACAAGCGGCUCACACUUCGCAGUCGUUUCUAUUACUACGGUUUCCAAUUCCUCCAUAAAGGACCCGAGUGGCCUCACCCUCAAGCAACCAUCUAUGCCGGACCCAGCAAAACCAUUCUUCCAGCCGAUUUAAGAAACGGCGAAGGAGGUUUCGCACCGGUUACCUAUUUCCAAAAGCGAGAUUUGGCGAAUGCUUCGUGGCAUUGCUCAUCUUGCUUUUCGAUGAUAUCAGAGACAUUGAACAAGAUGGCCAGCUUUUCGCAUACAAGUCUAAAUCUUGCGGUAUAUAGGAAUGAAUCAAGGAUCGUGGAUAGAGUGAGAAAGGGGCUGGAUUUGUGGGAUAGGAAAGGCGAGGAGUAUGAAAUGUUGAUGGAUAAUAAUGAUAUCCCGGAAUGGGUGGUCAGUAAUAGUGAGAGGUUUAGAUAUUUAUUGAGAAGGGAGGGUAAAGAUGGUGGGUUUGUGGAUUAUAUCCCUGAUGAUGACGUUAAGGCAUCUUAA